CUGGCUGGGGCAUCAGGCCCUCGGGGGUGGGAGGCUACAGGAUGGUGAAGCUGACGGCGGAGCUGAUCGAGCAGGCGGCGCAGUACACUAACGCCGUGCGGGACCGCGAGCUGGACCUCCGGGGGUAUAAAAUUCCUGUCAUUGAAAACCUAGGUGCAACCUUAGACCAGUUUGAUGCGAUUGAUUUUUCUGACAAUGAAAUCAGGAAACUGGAUGGUUUUCCUUUAUUGAGAAGACUGAAAACAUUAUUAGUGAAUAACAAUAGAAUAUGCCGCAUAGGUGAAGGACUUGAUCAGGCGCUGCCCUGCCUGACAGAACUCAUUCUCACCAACAACAGUCUGGUGGAACUGGGUGACCUGGACCCUUUGGCAUCUCUCAAAUCACUGACUUAUCUAAGUAUUCUAAGAAAUCCUGUAACAAACAAGAAGCAUUACAGACUAUAUGUAAUUUAUAAAGUUCCACAAGUCAGAGUGCUGGAUUUCCAGAAGGUGAAACUGAAAGAGCGUCAGGAGGCAGAGAAAAUGUUCAAGGGCAAACGGGGUGCACAGCUUGCAAAGGAUAUUGCCAGGAGGAGCAAAACUUUCAAUCCAGGUGCCGGUUUGCCAACUGACAAGAAGAAAGGUGGGCCGUCUCCAGGGGAUGUGGAAGCAAUCAAGAGCGCCAUAGCGAACGCGUCAACCCUGGCUGAGGUGGAGCGGCUGAAGGGCUUGCUGCAGUCCGGCCAGAUCCCCGGCAGAGAGCGCAGAGCAGGCCCCACUGAUGACGGUGAAGAGGAGAUGGAAGAAGACACGGUCACCAACGGGUCCUGAGUGGCGUGGCUUCUCAGAGUCUACAGGAUGCAGAGUGGGCCCACUUGGGACAGGUCCUGUCCUGCUUUUGGAAUAAUAGCCUUGUUUCUGUCAGCAAAGUAGAGUUCAUAAGCACCAUGGAACUGGUUCAAACUGCUGCUGGUAAUUUUGUAAUAUAAACUUUGAAAUCUAAAUCCCCGUUUUCUACAAAUAGUAAAAAUAAAGGCACUGGCACGGC